AUGGCAGGCAGCACCUCUGGUGUUGAGGCCCAGCGCAGCUUGAAUGCCAUCGAGGACAAGGACAAGGUGGCAUCUCAGCAUGCGCUGGAAAGGGGGAAAAGAAAAGUGAUCACCCAAAGUACUGAGCUUGAGAAUUUGGAGCAGCACGUGACCUCACUUGCAUGGGUUGGUGCCUUGGCCAUGGGGAUGAUCUUUUUCUGCUCCCCCAUCGUGAGCAUCUUCACAGACCGGGUUGGCUGCAGGACAACAGCAGCCUCAGGAGCUGCCAUUGCUUUCACCGGACUCCUCUCCAGUUCGUUCACCAAGUCUCUCGAAGUCCGUUAUUUCACAUACGGGAUCCUCUUCGGCUGCGGCAGUUCCUUCGCCUUCCAGCCCUCGUUGGUUAUCCUGGGUCACUACUUCAAACGCCGCCUUGGCUUGGUGAACGGCAUCGUGGCCGGCGGCAGCUGCCUCUUCUCCGUCUCCCUCCCCUUCUUCUUGAAGACAGUUGGGAAGGCCAUUGGGCUGGCGCACACUUUCCAAGUACUCAGUGCCUUUAUGUUCAUCCAGAUAUUCUUGUCCCUUACCUAUCGGCCCAUCUUGCCACCUUCUUGUGACUCUCAGCAUGAUGGGCAAGAUAAGGUGGUCAGCCGGAGCGUGCAGCAGCAGUGCUGGUCUCAGAUGCGCAAGUAUUUCAACCUGAGGGUUUUCCGGAGAAAGACCUAUCGGAUUUGGGCCUUUGGGAUUGCUACUGCUGUGCUGGGAUACCUUGUACCUUACCUGCACCUGAUAAAAUAUGUGGAGAAGGAAUUUAAAGAAAACAAAAAUGACUGGCUUCUCUUGGUUUGCCUUGGAGCCACUUCAGGGCUUGGUCGCUUGGUUUCAGGCCGGAUUGGUGACUGCAUUCCUGGACUAAAGAAGAUUUAUUUGCAAGUUGCAUCCUUUAUGCUGUUGGGCCUCAUGUGCAUGAUGAUCCCCCAGUGCCGAGGCUUUGCGGGUGUCAUCGUCAUCUGCCUCUUCCUCGGCCUCUGCGAUGCGUUCUUCACCACCCUCAUGGCCCCCAUAGCCUUCGAGCUGGUGGGGCCCAUGCAGGCAUCCCAGGCCAUAGGGUACCUCAUGGGCCUCAUGGCCGUGCCCAUGACUGCUGGUCCACCAAUAGCAGGAUACCUCAAAGACCAUUUUGGGAAUUACCACAUUGCCUUCUAUUUUGCUGGAGUUCCCCCCAUCAUCGGAGCCUUGGUGCUAGCCAUCGUGCCCCUGGUUCAUCAGAGGAUGCUCAAGAAGCAGCGGCUGGAUUCGGGCAAAGACAAGAUGCUGGUUUCAGAGACGGUCAUGAACGGAGAGCUGCUCCCGGGCUGCCCGGCCUCCGAAGCGCACAUCUAGGCCCGCCCGGGCCGCCACUCUGACACACGCACACCUAGAUACACUAUUGCCACCAGCAUCUUCUUGAUAGCCUAAGCACAGGCCCCUUUUCUAAACAGACUGUAAUUCUCAAUGAUUGCUGAUGCACUAUGUUUGUAAAG